UGCGGCACCGUCUUUUGCCCUCACCCUCCCGACAUCCCGCCCCCUCGCCCUACCCUAAUCCGAUCCGACCCAACGCGGCUCCAGUGCCGCCGCCGUGCCCUAACCUCUCCUCCGCGGCUCCCAACCCGUCGCCGCCCGGACCCCUCCGCCUUUCACGCGAGUCGCCGCCACCGCCGUUCCCGUUCAACCCCACCGCGUCGCCCUGCCGUCCCAACCCCGUCCGGCGAUUUCGGUCAUCGUUUCUGAGGUUUGUGCAUUCCAAGCCAGCCCUAGGACACCUCUUGUGACAGUAUGCCUAAGAUAAAGACAAGCCGUGUGGAAUACCCCGAAGGAUGGGUGCUUAUCGAGCCCACAAUCCGUGAGCUGGAUGCCAAAAUGAGAGAAGCUGAAAACGAUACACAUGACGGGAAGAGGAAGUGUGAAGCACUCUGGCCAAUUUUCCGCAUUUCUCAUCAAAGAAGCCGUUACAUAUAUGAUCUUUUCUAUAAAAGGAAGGAAAUAUCAAAGGAGCUGUAUGAGUUCUGCCUGGACCAGGGUUAUGCAGACCGUAAUCUGAUUGCAAAGUGGAAAAAGCCGGGUUACGAGCGCCUCUGCUGCCUCCGCUGCAUCCAGACCCGAGACCACAACUUUGCGACUACAUGCGUGUGCCGGGUCCCCAAGCACCUGAGGGAGGAGCAGGUAAUCGAAUGCGUCCACUGUGGCUGCAAGGGAUGUGCCAGCGGCGACUAACUGACUAGUUAUGCGUACUCAGCAUGUGUCGUCGAAUCCAUGGUUCUAAAGUGAGCAUUCUAGAUGUUUCUUAAUCGUGUUCUCUAGUAAAGAACAAUUCGUCCUGUAAUGUAAGCACUUGGCAGAUAUCUGUUGCGGCUGUAGUCUGUACACAAUCGGUCAUCCAGUUUUUAUCCAUUGCUUCAUCAUUAUCAUCCUAGGAAGGCCUGAAGUUGCGCACAGAUCUAGUACUGUAUGAGAGAAGAAGUGCGGGUGUGCAUUUAUAAUGGCUUAAUAGAAACGUGCGUGCUUGAUAUUACUAUUUA